GCCACGUGACAUGUGCGGGUUCGGUGACCUGUGCGUCGUGGGUCAUUCAAAUGUGUGUCGAUGAAUCGUGGGACGGAGACAGUUCAGACAGUUCUCAGACAUUCUGAAAGACGAUUUCUCAGACAGUUCUCAUGCAAUUUCUACCGGAAAGUAUGUCUUUUGUUUUCUCCACCACCCAGUGACCCAGAAGAAAUCACCCAGGGCAGGUCACCUGAGACGAUUGAGGUUGUUCGCUUCAGCGCCUGUGAGCUGUCAGUCAUCUCAGAAGGGCUCCUGUUGCAGGUCUUGGAAGACUUCAGCUUUUGUGCCUUUUCCAUCCAGGGUGGCAAGGUGAGCGAAGCGCCUAUCAUGGCCGAUGAGUGGGCUGAGGAGCCCCGGCGACCCGCCAGAGUCAGGCGUCGCGACCCCAUGAAAGGUGUUGAGGAGCCGCAGCUGCAGGAUCAGGCCUUGGGUUCAGGUGUGCGGCCAGUCGAUCACAUGAACCAGUUGAGCACAGCGGAGCUUUUGGAGCAUGUCAUGCGGAGGUUGACGGAGGAGAGGGGCAGUACCCAGGCUUCCGCGAUUCAAAGCUUCAUGGAAAGCCUCGCCUCAGGGGCCGGGCCGAGCUUCUCCAUCCCCAUGCAGCCAGAGAGUGCUGCCUUAGGUGAGGACUUCGAUGGCAUGGACUGAGCAGGCCCUGUUUGCCGCGUGGAAGAGACCUGCUUAUUGUGCGAGUCGGCCAAAAAGA